AUGGCGAGCAUUACUGUUGACUCUGCAGUCUCGCAGGAUGACUUGGAAAUUCCACUCAUCGACUUCUCCGCAUUCCUCUCUGGCGACGCCAAUGCCAAGAAGCAGACUGCUGACGCUGUCCUGAAAGGCUUCCAGAACGCCGGCUUCAUCUAUCUCAAGAACCAUGGCAUCCCCCAAUCUACAGUUUCAACAGUCUUCUCACACUCGGCCAAGUUCUUCGCCAGGCCGAAAGAACAGAAAGAUGCCUUGGCAUGGUAUUCGGCGGCCGCCAAUCGUGGCUACGUAACACAGGGGCGCGAAAAGCUCGUUGUUCUAGAAGAAACAGGAACCGAGGCGCAGAUGCGUGCCCUGGUGCCAGAUUUGAAAGAGAGCAUGGAAAUCGGGCGCGACGAUCAACCAGAGACUCCCAACAUGUGGCCGAGCGGGGACGAGGAAGCAAAGGAAUUCAAAGAACAGAUGAUGGGUUUCUUUGAGACCUGCAAAAACCUACAUAUGCAUGUCAUGCGCGCAAUUGCGCUGGGUAUUGGUAUCGACGAGAAGUGGUUCGAUGGCUUCACAGAUGCCGGAGACAACACGUUGAGGUUACUUCAUUACCCGGGCGUGUCCAAGAGCGUCUUCAAGAGGAAUGACGGUCAGUUGCAGGUUCGCGCAGGAGAGCACAGCGAUUAUGGCUCGGUGACCCUUCUUUUUCAAGAUUCUCGCGGCGGACUCCAAGUCCGCUCACCAAAGGGCACCUUUGUCAACGCGACACCCAUCGAAGGAACCAUCGUAGUCAAUGCUGGUGACCUACUCGCGCGCUGGUCCAAUGACACCAUCAAGUCAACCAAGCACCGCGUUGUAGAGCCGCCACCAAAGCCAGAGGAUGCCGACAAGGACGAGUAUCCACCACGAUACUCGAUAGCUUACUUUUGCAAUCCAAACUAUGACCGCAAGAUUGAAGCUAUUCCCGGGACAUUUGAGAAUGAUGGAAGAAAAUAUGGGGAUGUCCUGAGUGGAGAUUACUUGGUGCAAAGAUUGACUGCGACGUAUUGA